GAGGGAGGAGGAGGGGGGUAUACAUUCUGUUUGGGAUUCAUGCACAUCACCGCUAACACCAUGAUUUUUAUGUUCCUGGGUACCUCGAUCGUGAUGGCUAUAGCUUGUUUAGUAGACAUGAAUGCUCUUUUGGAUCGGUUUCACAAUUACAUCCUGCCGCAUUUACGAGGGGAAGAUCGAGUGUGUCAUUGCAACUGUGGAAGGCACCACAUCCACUACGUGAUCCCCUACGACGGAGAUCAGUCCGUGGUCGAUUCUUCGGAGAAUUAUUUCAUCACCGACAAUGUCACCAAGCAGGAAAUAGACCUGAUGCUGGGGUUGCUGCUGGGAUUCUGUAUCAGCUGGUUCCUGGUGUGGAUGGACGGUGUCCUUCAGUACAUCAUUAGGGCGUGGAGGACUAGCCGACGGUAUGAUAACUCCUGGUCCUGGAUACCCAGGUUAUGUAAUCUGAAGGACUUCAGAAAACGCUCCCACCGACAGUACGAAGACGCAGGCGGCAACAUGGUUCACAUCAAGCAGAAACUCUAUCAUAACGGACACCCGAGCCCUCGCCAUCUCUAAGGGUGUUAGCCGGUCGCUUGGGAAACACCGGAAACUCAUAUUGCAGGAGCGAGUGUGGCGAUUACUUGUGUGUUUUUAAAACUAGGAUUUAUAAACGGUGCGACGACGACGACAACGAUGACAAAACUGGGGCUCAGUCUUCCCGCAGGUUCCUGGCACGUUGUGGGGUGUGUGUGUGUGUGCGUGCGUGCGUGUGUGUGAGUGCGUGCGUGCGUGCGGGCUGACGUGCUGUCGAACAAAACUCUUAAACCGACUCCGGAGGCUGCAAAUCCAUUGAUCGCACUGUCACCAUAACUGUGAUUCCUGUGCCAUAACUGUCUUAGUAUUACCGGCAAAAGUGUUCUGCUUAUCAACAAUUUUUUUGAAUUUCUGUCCGAAACACACACACACACACACACACACACAAGUUUGAGAGGCUGAAAGGCGACCGCAACCAAGACGCCAACUCUCUCGCGAGUGAGCCCUGGUUUUAAACCUUUUUUUAAAAAAAAAAGUUGUUCUUUUUUUCGCAAGUGUUUCCCCAUUGUCCCCUUUGAAUCCGCGUUGAAAACACUUGUGUUUUCUUGUUUCGAACGGUAAACAAAAAGGCAAAGUCCAGAGCGAAACCGAGAGCCCAUCUGUAAGUUAUCAGCCCUGACCUGUUUCGUACGGAAAAGCAGAUUCUGCCCAUUGAUAACCCUGAAAGGUUUGUUGUCUCUCGCUCUCUGUGUCUUUCUCUCUGUGUGUGUGUGUGUGUGUGUGUCUCUCUCUCUCUCUCUCUCUGUCCCUCUCUCUCAUUCCGAAAAAGAAAGCGACUUUUAAUGUAAGAGUCGAGUUGAAUGUGAUUACGUGGGUUCAUUCCAGUUGACCUCAUGGUGGUCUCAGGAGCCUGGAGUUAGCCGAGAAGGGACUAACGAUAGCCAGACCCCAAGCACAGUGCCCUGUAGUGCAGGGUAGGAAGUUCUGAGGUUAGUUGAACUAAGGAAGGCUUCCCUGGUGGCCCUUGUGGGUGAAAAAAAAACAGCAUCUACUCUAAUACUAACACGUACAAGCCAAAGGUCCACAGCAGCAGCAGCAGCAGCAGCAACAACAACAACAACUGCGCCUUUCACCUAAGGGACAAUGUCAAGGGACCUGUGCCUGAUCUGUCUCGAGUCGGCUGAGCUCAGCUUGUCAGGAUGGCACAUCCGUGUCCUGUGUGAGAGGAAGAAAACCAGCCGCGGCCACCUCUCCUGAUCGAUUCGCAGCGAGCCCUGCUUGGAACUUGAGUUUGUGCGGGAUUUCAGUUGGGAUCAGCAUCAGGAUCAGCUGCGAUGCCCUCCCUCCCCACCA